AUGGACCGCGUUAUUCUUCACUUUGACCUCGACUGCUUUUACGCUCAAGUACACAUGGUUCAAGAGCCGGAGCUACGCCUGAAACCGCUUGGAGUUCAGCAAAAAACCAUCUUCGCCACUGUGAAUUAUGUCGCCCGCGCGCGUGGCGUGCCCAAAAUGGCCCGGAUCAGCGAGGCCCAACGCAUUUGUCCCGAUAUUGUCAUUCGCAAUGGCGAAGACCUCACGGACUACCGUGAAGCCUCGGAACAUAUUUUCGCUUUCCUGCAAGAGCAGUUUCCACAUUGCCCAGUUGAGCGGCUGGGUCUGGAUGAGUUCUUUGUGGAUGCCACCACCCCAGCGCAUGCCCUCUGCUCAGACGGCUUCUGGUCGCCAACUCCGCACUUUCAUCUCACUGCCAGCCCCAACUGGUGUGGUCAUCCGGCCGCCCACGCCGCCGCCAAUCUCGCGCAAUAUCAGGCAUUGCGUGCAGGAGCACAGCUUACCGACUGGGCUCGUAAGGAGCUCAAGGCCAAGUUUGGCUACACCUGCAGUGCGGGCAUUGCUGUGAACAAAUUGCAAGCCAAAAUGGCUGGUGAGCUGCACAAGCCCGAUGACCAGUCCUGCCUGUUGCCCCGAGCAGCCCAGGCCGUGAUUCUGCAUCGUGGUCUGCGGCGGGUAAGCCCCGCCCCACCUCUGCUUGCAUCUUCCUCGUUCACAGACAUGCCCUUGAGAAGCGUGGACUUUAUUUUUUCACGUCUUUUGAUUGUUGUUCUGUUUUGGCUUGGCUUGGUUGUCUGGCGCGUCAGGUACCUGGCCUAG